CAGGAGCAGCAAAGAGCUGCUGUUGCAGCAGCUGAUCAUCAGCAGAGGAGAAGGUCCUCAUCGAGGGGUCCAUUAACUCCGUGCGCGUCAGCAUUGCGGUGAAGCAGGCCGACGAGAUCGAGAAGAUCUUGUGCCACAAAUUCAUGCGCUUCAUGAUGAUGAGGGCUGAGAACUUCUUCAUCCUGCGCAGGAAGCCCGUGGAGGGCUACGACAUCAGCUUCUUGAUCACAAACUUCCACACGGAGCAGAUGUACAAGCACAAACUGGUGGACUUUGUCAUCCACUUCAUGGAGGAAAUUGACAAGGAGAUCAGCGAGAUGAAGCUCUCUGUCAAUGCCAGGGCCCGCAUCGUGGCAGAGGAGUUCCUCAAGAAUUUUUAGGCCGUGGUGCAGGACCCCGUGGCUCCCCAGUGCUUGUGCCCGCCGGGCACCGUGCCUGCGCCUGCUCCCGCUCCCCCCGCGGACCCUGGCCGGGCCGGGCAGCCGUGCUGGGAGCAGCCUCCGCUUGCGGCCGAGCG